UUGUCUUUUUACUUUCCCAAUAACAUUACAGCACCCCGCCGGCCCGAAAACCCAUAGUCACUGAACCUGUUCUCCCCAUCAGACUCUGUUUUCAAGAGUCAAAAAUUCCAAAAAUUCUGAGUUUCAAUUGAUUUUUUCAAGCUGAAUCUAUCGGAAAAAACCCAAAAAGUUUCAAUCUUUUUUUGUGUUUUUCAUAUAUGUAAACACCAUAAAGGAUUUUCUCGACUUGUUGACUUGUUUGAAUUUUGAUCACACUGAAAAAAAUGACUCAAUUGAAGCCCAUUCUUACGCAUUUGGAUUCCAUUCCUUCCACCCCAGGAAAGUUUAAGCCUGAUAAAUCUUCACCCUAUAAUCUUUAUCGUCUCCGUUUUCACCCUACUCUGUUUCCCAGGUUUACUCUUUGGUCCUUUUUUUUCAUCUUUUUCAUCGUUUUGCUCAUCUUUUUCUCAUCUCCGUCCAACCCCACCGCCGGAAACAGCCGCCGAAGUCUGAAAAACUCUCUUUCGCCAUCUCCCGCGCUCGGCCCGAACUGGGAACGUCGGGUUCGGGCCUCGGCCCGACCAAGGUCUAAAACGGGCUUUACCGUUCUAGUCACUGGUGCUGCCGGUUUUGUGGGGACCCAUGUGUCUCUAGGCCUGAAACGCCGUGGAGAUGGCGUUUUGGGGCUGGAUAAUUUUAAUCAGUAUUAUGAUGUCGGGCUGAAAAAAGCCCGACAGAGCCUUCUUGAGCGUUCUGGGAUUAUGGUAGUUGAGGGUGAUAUUAAUGAUGCUGUUUUGCUGAGGAAGCUGUUUGAUGCUGUUGCUUUUACACAUGUCAUGCAUAUGGCAGCUCAAGCUGGAGUUAGAUAUGCAAUGCAGAAUCCAGGUUCUUAUGUUCAUAGUAAUAUUGCUGGUUUUGUUAGUUUGCUUGAAGCAUGUAAAUUGGCUAAUCCACAACCUAGUAUUGUUUGGGCUUCAUCAAGUUCUGUUUAUGGAUUGAAUUCAAAAGUACCCUUUUCAGAAAAAGAUAGAACUGAUCAGCCUGCUAGUUUGUAUGCAGCCACUAAAAAGGCUGGUGAAGAAAUUGCUCAUACAUAUAACCAUAUAUAUGGUCUUUCGAUUACUGGAUUGCGGUUUUUCACAGUUUAUGGACCAUGGGGUAGGCCUGAUAUGGCGUAUUUUUUCUUUACAAAAGAUAUUUUGAGAGGGAAGGAAAUCAAGAUUUUUGAGACAUCUGAUCAUGGUAGUGUUGCUAGGGAUUUUACUUAUGUUGAUGAUGUGGUAAAGGGUUGUUUGGGAGCACUGGAUACUGCGAAAAAGAGCACAGGAAGUGGGGGAAAGAAGAAGGGUGCAGCUCAGUUGAGGAUUUUUAAUUUAGGUAAUACAAAGCCGGUGCCUGUUGGGAGACUUGUUAGUAUUUUGGAGAAGUUGUUGAAGGUGAAGGCAAAGAAGAAGGUUAUCCAAAUGCCGAGGAAUGGGGAUGUGCCAUUUACGCAUGCUAAUAUUACUUUGGCACAUACAGAGCUGGGAUAUAAGCCUACUACUGAUUUGGAAAUGGGGUUAAAGAAGUUUGUGAAGUGGUAUGUUAGCUACUAUGGUUCGAAGAAGAAGAAGAGUUCUUGGUGAAGUUCUUAAACUUGGUGUUGUGUUGUUUCUCUCUAAUGUUUCCUGUGCGUUGAUGAUACCUCUUCAUUGAUUUGCCACAUUGUUUUAGGUAUUCUAUUUGUAGGUGAUCAUUGUACAUUCUCUACUGCUACUACUAAAGCAUGUUUGAUCUAUCGACCCUCUUAUGGUGGUUUCAUGUUUCAUUAAUCACCAUACUCAUAAUACUUUGGAUUAAGCUCUGGUUUAUUCGAUUUGUCAGAACUGCUAUAAAGAAACAUAUCUGUUUCCCUCUAA